GGACCAGAUGCUUCUGCGCUGCGGGCUUAGGGGCUUGCCUGAUAAUCUCCUGGGAAGUCUGCAUUUCGAUACACGUCCAUUACCCCCAAAGUGUCGAGACGAUGGCCGAAGCUCUAGCGGUGGUCGGCAUAAUCGCUAACAUAAUUCAACUGGUCGACUUCGGCACCCGGGUUCUAGAUCGGCUUAACCAAUAUCAAUCUACGGUCGUGGAGAUCCCGGAAGCAUUCCGUCACAUCAAAUCUGAGUUGCCCGUAGUACUAGAUGCCCUCCGUCAAACAAAGGCCGCGAUUGAUGCCGGAUUGUUGCAAGAUGAGAGCAAAAGGGCGCUUCUUCCAGCAGUAGAAGGGUGUAGCGAGCAGAUAAAAGCGCUAGACGAAGUAAUUAAGAAAACGUUGCCUGGAUCAAGUGAUUCGUGGGCUAGAAGAGGCAGGAAGGCCUUGUGGAGCCUUCGGUAUGACGCCAAGAUGGAGAAAAUAACAGCAGUAAUUCGAGGCUAUGUCCAAACGCUGACAUACCAUGCGGCCACUUCAUCGAAACCUUCAACAGGCUACACCCUACCGCCUCCCACCCCUUCCUCAACAGUCCCCUUCCGGCGCGACGACGACUUCGUUAGUCGCGACAGCCUCACCAAGAUACGCCAGAUCUCUGCGAGGCCUGCAGCGCGGGCGGCGCUGGUUGGUCUUGGCGGCGUUGGAAAAUCUCAGAUUGCCAUUGAAUAUGCCUACCAAGUGCGGGACGAAUCGCCAGAUACGUGGGUAUUUUGGGUGCAUGCGGGCACUCAGGCGAGAUUUGAGGAGGGAUACCGCAGAAUCGCCGAGGUGACGAGGAUGGAGGGCUGGGACAAUCCGAAGGCGGACGUUCUGCGGCUCGUCCGCAGCUGGCUGUGCAACGAGUCGAACGGACGUUGGGUGAUGAUCAUUGACAAUGCUGAUGACUCAGAUGUCUUCUUCCCGCCGCUCUCUAGACAACGAGCUGUCGCAGUGGGCAACCUGGGUCAAGCAGCGGAACCACUCUCAGACUUUCUGCCGCAAUCGCUAAACGGGUCAAUUCUUGUGACGUCUCGAAACCAAGACGUAGCAUCCAGGUUGACGGACAGCUACGCUAGCGUUAUUGAGGUCAAACUGAUGGACGAUGAGGAUGCACUAGCUCUUCUUGAGAGGAAGCUUGGGGCUAGUGCAGACAAGAAGGAUGCUGUCGAACUAGUCCACUUGCUCGACUGCAUGCCCCUCGCUAUCACGCAGGCGGCGGCUUUCGUUAAGCAGAGAGCGCCACGCAUGACGAUCUCACGAUAUGUAGAGGAAGUGUGCAGAAGCGACCACGACCGGACUCGCUUGCUGAAAAAUGACAUGGGAGACAGCCGCAGAGACGGCAGGGCGUCUAACUCCAUCAUCGCGACCUGGCAGAUCUCAUUCGAGCAUAUCCGGACUAAUAUGCCGACGGCUGCUCGACUGCUGUCGCUGAUGAGUCUCUUCGACCACCAGGGGAUUCUGGAGUCGCUUCUUCACGACCGGUACCAGUUGGAUGAGGAUGAGGAUGUCGAUUUUGAAAAUGACAUCCAUACGCUAAUUAGCUAUUCCCUAGUUAAGAUGAGCACGGACGGAAGCGAGUUUGAGAUGCACCGGCUGGUGCAGUUCUCGACUAAGAUGUGGCUGGCGCUGAACAACGAGCUGGAGCUGUGGAAGGCGACGUAUUCAGCGCUCAUGGACGAAAGCUACCCGGUGGGGCGACCUGAAAACUGGCCAGUGUGCCAGGCGCUGUUUCCGCACGUUCAAGCGGUGGUGAACAGCCAGCCGAAGGACGCAAAAGCGCUAGAGGCCUGGGCGUCAGUGCUCUUUAAAGCGGCAUGGUAUGCAACCGAGAUGGGACAGUAUAACAAGGCGUACGAGAUGGGUUCUGCCGCUUUCCAAGUUAGGGAGACUAUUUUAGGAGCAGAACACCCAGAUACGCUCAACAGCCUCAACAGCCUUGGAGUAGUCGUGGAACGCCAAGGCCGGUAUAGUGCAGCAGAGGCGAUGCAUCAAAGAGGACUGGAAGCGAAAGAGCGGGUACUUGGGGCGGACCAUCCCUCCAUGCUUACUAGCAUGGCCAACCUGGCGUCGACGUACAGGAACCAAGGGCGGUGGAAGGAUGCUGAAGAGCUGGAGGUGCAAGUAAUGGAGACUCGCAAGACGAAGCUUGGGGGGGACCAUCCCGACACGCUGACCAGCAUGGCCAACCUGGCGUCGACGUACUGGAAACAAGGGCGCAUGGCCAACCUGGCGUCGACGUACAGGGACCAAGGGCGGUGGAAGGAUGCCGAAGAGCUGGACGUGCAAGUAGUGGAGACUUGCAAGACGAAGCUCGGAGCGGACCAUCCCAACACGCUGGCCAGCAUGGCCAACCUAGCGUCGACGUACAGGAACCAAGGGCGGUGGAAGGAUGCCGAAGAGCUAGAGGUGCAAGUAAUAGAGACUUACAAGACGAAGCUCGGAGCGGACCAUCCGUCCACGCUGACCAGCAUGGCCAAUCUGGCGUCAACAUACCUGAACCAAGGGCGGUGGAAGGAUGCCGAAGAGCUGGAGGUGCAAGUAAUGGAGACUCGUAAGACGAAGCUUGGGGCGGACCACCCCUACACGCUAGCCAGCAUGGCCAACCUUGCUAUCACGUGGAAAGGGCAGGGUCGUGAUGCGGAAGCUAGAAAACUCAUGAGCGAAUGUGUGCGGUUACGCUACCAUAUUUUAGGUGCUAGCCAUCCACAUUACAUGUCUGCCUUAAAGGAGCUGGCUAGGUGGGAAGCAGAGCAAGUGGAUGUCGACUUCUUAAUGGCUCACAAUGACUAGAUUAGUGGACCAACAUGAAUUUAAUUGUAGAGAAAGAUGCGCGUAAUGUAGAUAUUAGAACUAUAAUUUUCGACUUGUAUUUUCCAGGAUAGCUAGUAGUUUGGAAAAUCGCUACUAGUACGACGAAGGCAGGUGAAGGGUACUUUAGG